AUGGAACUGAAAAUCGAGUUUUAUCCUAUGUUACAUUUUUACACAAACAAGUGCAUCUGCGAAGAAAUCGCAAUUAAUCCAACAAAACCUCUACGUAAUAAAAUUGCAGGUUUUGUUACACAUUUGAUGAAACGUCCUAGGCAUUCCCAAGUGCGUGGAAUUUCCAUCAAAUUUCCAUCAAGUGAAGGACGUGAUAACUAUGUACCAGAAGUCUCUUCUCUUGAACAUGAUAUCAUUGAGGUUGAUCCAGAGACCAAAGAACUGUUGAAAAUGCUUGAUCUCAACAAUAUUAGUGGAUUGCAGUUAACACAACCAGCUGCAAAUACAUUCAACAGACAUUCUUAA